AGUCUCCCCUGAUGCCAUCGACGAAUGAUUUGGUUGCUUUCGCCAAGUUUGAAACGGCGUGUUCAGUGGAAUUUGCCGACUUUGAAUCAUUCGCUACCCGGAUCACCUACGAGCUUAUUUUCAAGAAGGGCAAAGGAGAACCGGUCAACGAAGGUGUGUUGAAGAUGGCCCAGGGUGCUCUCACCCACCGACUGCAGGGCUACAACCGCAUGCUGGCCAAGACGCGGUAUCUAGCUGGCGAUCAGCUCACAGCUGUCGACCUGUUCCAUCUUCCAUUUGGCGACGCCAUGAUUCAGGUAUGUUAGGGUUUGGGGUUUGGGGUUUUCAUUUAAGUGCACAAGAAUACUAACCGUCAGACCGAUUCGGCCCCUGCUCUCAUCGAUGGAAGCCUUCCACACGUUGCCCGGUGGUGGAAGGAGAUCUCGACGCUUGAAGGGUGGACCAAGGUCAAGGAGGAGGUGUGGGGAGACAAGUUGCCUGCCUGGGGGUGGUAGAGUAGAGCUUCAAUCAAUGUGAUUCCCAACACCCGCCUCCAUCCCAUCUGCCAUCCAACCACCGAAAAGAGUCAUG